ACUGGAUCCACCGCCAGUCCCCUACCUCCUGGGUCCACCUGAUUCUUCUUCCACCACCGCCGCCGCAUCGCAACCACCGCCUCCUCAUUCUCUCCCGACCGUCGCACAACAGUGUUUUAUCUGCCACCUCUCCCGCGCGCAACCUCCUUCACCUUCAACUGUCCCGCUGUACCAUCCCAACAUCUACCCGAAGCCUUGUCGCUUUCUCGUUCCCCUCCUCCUCGUCGACGCUCGCCCGGGCUCAGGCCAAGACUUCCUCUACAUCCUGCCUCCCUCGCCUGUGCGCAGGCGACGACGCCCGACUCCACCGCCGCGACACCACCAUUGAGCAACGCACACAUUGCCAACUCGGCGACCGCAACGUGUACUCGACCGUCCCGCAUCUGUAUUCUGACAGCGAGCCCUCCUCGCAACUCCCUCGACGUACCGCUUCGAAUCGAUUGACCGACCGCCAGCCUCCUUUCCUGCCGCGUGACCGAACCCGGACUUUUCUCCUGCCCACCCCCCGUCGAGACACCUGUCACUUCCCGCCACUUCACCCGCUUUGCGGCGACAGGCGCCCGUUCCAGCGGAUGGGAAGCGCCGCGCCGUCGCCCUGAUAUGGCCCUUCGAUACUCAGCAGAGUUUCUGCUGCACCUGCGGGAGUCGCCGCUAUGUACCCGACCAGACAACCUCCCGCCCGUGGAGGAUUGGAUGGGCGCGACACCCGAACAGCUGCGCGCCCAAAGUGCCAAGACCACCACUGACCGAACCCAACGCACGACCGACGUCUCUUUGCUUGACCAAGGCAACCGACGCCCAGGCCCUGAGCGUCAUGUGUCCCGCAACAGUGCGAGUCAGUUUCCCCUUUUGCCGUCGAUAGCUGUCUCCGCCGUGACCUCUGGGCUUACCCUAUUGUUGUAGACCCUGAAGACAUAGUCUUCGGACCACCUCGCAUGGCCUUCUCGUCUGCGCGCGGUAACAAAUCAAUCGACGAAAAGACCCUUGGUAUGCCAGAUGGGCAAGGACGAACCGGGCUUCGGAACCGGAGUGGGGACCUCGAUGGCGACCGCCUGCGCACUAGCCUUCGUCGCAACGACGCCGACGCGGAUAAUGAAGGAUGGAGUACGGUGAAGCCGCGUAAGAGCUUCGGAGCUGAGGGCGCAGAGCGCUUCCACGGCAAGAUGGGCGGCAACUACCGAGAUGAGAAGCGGCCCCAGAGAGAUCGUGACGACCGGGAGCCCACUCGAGAUCGCCCGACCAGGGCCUUUGACAGCUUUACGCGAGAUCGGGAGGCCACUCCUGAGACUGAACCUCGGCCGCGAAAUGGAGCUGGCCGUAGCAAGCUCGACACGUGGCGUUCCGGCAACGACGCCAAAGAACCAGUUCCCGCCCCGGAAAAGCGCGACCGCGACCGCACAAAGAGUUGGCGCGAUCGCGACAGGGACGCCGAGCCGUCCGACGAACCGCGAGGCGGCGGCAGAAACACGGAUCGCCGCUGGGGCCGAGAUCGCGAUCAGAGAAAUGAGCGAGACCCGGAGUGGCUCGACGAGCCGCAGCCUGAGCAGCGCGAGGCUCACACCCAGCAAGACUUCCAGAAGUGGAUGGAGCAGAUGAAGGCUGCUAAGAGCGGCGCAUCGACCGCUGCGAAGCCCAAUGCCAAUGUCCUCGAGACGGUUGAGGCUGCAAAGCCACCUGCGCCAUCGCCUGCUGUCGAAGCUGGGCCCGACAAGUUUUUCAUGGCCUUUGGCGGUACAUCUAGCGCGGCACUCCCUGUUGCCAGCCCGCCUGAACAGAAGGAGGCUGCUCCCGCCGCCAAGGCCAAGCCUGCGGGCAAGUCGUCGAGGUUCACGUCGUUCUUUGCCCAGCCCCAGGCAGAUGGACGCGCGAGCGCCCCAACAGCCACGCCGCCGACAGCACCCCCCUUCCAAAGCCCGAUUCCGAUAUCGAUGGCCGGACCUGGCCACCCAUCGGCGCCGGAGGAGGAGCGACAGGCAUUCCAGCAGCUCCUCGCCAAGCUGCAGAAGCAAAGCAUGAGUGCCACCCCUCCCGGCGCGUCAGCCUUCCCGGUCCCGCAGCAGGGCAGCCUUCCCGACCAGGGCAAGAAGAGUGCCAUCACGUCGCCAGAGCCCUUCCAGCAGUAUGGAGGCGACCGCCGCGACGGCCCAAUGGGUCGUCCGUCAUCUCAGCAGCCGCGCGAGAUUCUCGCGCCACGCCCGCAGCCACAGACCGCGCGCCCUGAACAGCUCCUGAAUGAGCUCGUGGGUCAUCAUAACCGAGUCUCGAGCCAGGGAUCCGGACGUCCAGAGGGCGGAGCCGCUCGAAACAACAGCAACACGGAAUUCUUGAUGAACCUGAUGAGGCCCGGUCUCGCCAGCCAACAACAGGCUGACCAGCAAGCUCGCAUGCAGCCGCAACAGCCGCAACCGCAAAAGCCUGCGCAGAUGACGCCGUACAAUGAGCGAGAGUUCGAGUUCCCCGGCGUGGAGAACCGAAACACCCAGCGCCAAGGACGCAAUCAGCCGCCUCCAGGCUUCCCGAUGGACGACUCCUUCCAUGGCGCCUCCGACCAGGAGCAGCGUCAGAAUAACCAACCCCCGCAGAUUUUGCAGCGGCCCCCUCCGCCGCCGGGCCUCAACCAGAUGCCUCCCGAGUGGAUGGCCAGAGGGCAGAUGCCGCCCCCUCAGCAGCGAGGCCCGAUGGGCCCGCCGCCUGGAUUGGCCGGGGAGCCAAGCCGAAACAUGCCUGUGCCGCACAUGUUCCCUCCCAACUUCCCGCCCGGGGCCAUGCCGCCCCCGCCUGAGGCGCUUGGCGGCAUGCCUCCGCGCAACAUGCCCAUGCCGCCGCCGGGCUUCUUCGCUGGCCCGCCACCACAGGGCUUCCUGCCUCCUGGACUGGGCGGGUUCAACGGACCACCCGGCCCCGAGUCGCACGGUUUCGGUGGCUCUCCGUUCGAAGGACGUGGCAUCCCGCCUGCCGGCAACCGUGGCACCAACUACGGCCGCCCGUAAGCGGUGCAGCACAGUCACCCCGCCCCGCAAGCACGAACGCACGUAGGCAUGCAAACAUGCACGUGUGCUGAGGUAGGCCGGCCGGCUCUGAUGGGACGACAUGCAGUGCAUAAUCGAUGUAUCCUCCCUGUCGACACUGGGCUAGCAUUGGCCCUGCUGUGGCGGUGUGGUCGGCUUUUUUUUGCUCGCGACGGAACGACCAAGACCACGUCGGACGAACAAGGGGUUUCUUGGAGGGCGGUUCUCAACGGAAAUGAAGGGCAUCAUGUAUCACGCCCGCUGCGGCGUGAAGGUAGUGAGUGGUACCUGGGGCAAUCAAUGAUGUGUGAGCUGGGGUGUGCGAGCCGCGGCGCCCUGUUGUACUACUGGAGA